GGUAUGUAGAUUAGGUGACCAAGACACAUAACUAGACCAAAGAAAGAAGAUACAUAAGCUCAUCAGCUUAAUUUUACGUAUAUCGAUCAAGAUGAUUUCCAGUGUCUUCUUCGUGUUUUCUGUCAUUCUCUCCAGUUCCUAUGCUGCUAUGCAAGACUUUUGUGUUGCAGACUAUGCAGCUCCUCAAAGCCCUGCAGGGUACGCUUGCAAAGAUCCCGCAAAGGUUACUGUAGAUGACUUCGUGUUCUCUGGCCUAAGAGUUGCUGGUAACAUCUCAAGUAUCAACAAAAUCGGGCUAUCGGCUGCAUUUGCUGUUAACUUUCCUGGUCUCAAUGGCCUAGGCGUUGCACUGGUUCGUGCAGACUUUGCUGUUGGUGGAGUUGUCCCGAUUCACUCACACCGUGACGCUACAGAACUUGUAAUCCUUGUGGAAGGAACAGUAGUUGCCGGUUUCAUUGCCUCGAAUAAUAAGCCUUAUGUAAAGACUCUGAACAAGGGUGAUACUAUGGUUUUUCCUCAAGGUUUGUUUCACUUCCUAGUGAAUGUGGGUGAUGCUCCAGCACUUGCAUAUGCCAGCUUCAGUAGUGCAAACCCAGGUGUGCAGACUCUGGAAACUGCUCUGUUUCAAAACAAUUUACCUACUGAAAUCAUAGCCAAGUCUACAUUACUUGACACCGUUCAGAUUCAGAAACUCAAGCGUCUUCUUGGGGGUACUAACUAACGUAUCUUGAUGUGUGUGUGUGUCACCCGCCCUCGAGCGCUUAUUUCAUGUUUUACUUUCUGCUUGAUUCUGUACUUGUACUUUGUUCGUA